AUGAGUGGCUCAGACUCCUUGACAAAAGGAAUAGAACUUGUGCAGAAGGCUAUUGAAGCCGAUACCGCCACCAAAUAUGAAGAAGCUUACAAAUUAUAUUAUAAUGGAUUAGACUAUCUUAUGUUGGCCCUUAAAUAUGAAAAGAAUGCCAAACUGAAGGAGUUGAUUAAGUCCAAAUUUCUGGAGUAUUUGAAUAGAGCAGAGCAAUUGAAGGAGUAUUUGAGCAAAGAAGAAGAAAGUAAACGAUCGGGUGAAAGUUCAGCUACCAAUGGAUCCACUAGAGCAAAAAAAUCUGGCGGAGAUGAUGGUGAUGAUGAUACAAAGAAACUUAGAGGUGCUUUAGCUGGAGCUAUUUUACUGGAGAAACCAGAUGUGAAAUGGUCUGAUGUUGCUGGGUUAGAUCUGGCCAAAGAAGCUCUUAAAGAAGCAGUCAUUCUACCUGUGAAGUUCCCUCAAUUAUUUACUGGUAAACGGAAACCAACUUCUGGUAUACUUUUAUAUGGUCCUCCAGGUACUGGUAAGUCAUUUUUGGCCAAAGCUGUUGCUACUGAAGCCAAUUCAACUUUCUUUAGUGUAUCUUCAUCUGAUUUAGUAUCUAAAUGGAUGGGUGAAUCCGAAAGACUUGUGAAACAAUUGUUCACAAUGGCCAGAGAAAGUAAACCUUCUAUUAUUUUUAUUGAUGAAGUCGAUGCAUUGUGUGGACCCAGAGGUGAAGGUGAAAGUGAAGCCAGUCGGAGAAUUAAAACCGAAUUAUUGGUACAAAUGAAUGGGGUGGGGAAUGAUUCAAGUGGUGUUCUUGUAUUGGGAGCUACAAAUAUCCCUUGGCAAUUGGAUGCUGCCAUUAGAAGAAGAUUUGAAAGAAGAAUAUAUAUUGCAUUGCCAGAAUUAGAAGCAAGAACAAGAAUGUUUGAGUUAAAUAUUGGUGAUGUUCCUAAUGAAUGUACUUCUCAUGAUUUGAAAUUAUUGGCAGAGAUGACAGAGGGAUAUUCUGGUUCGGAUAUAGCAGUUGCUGUUAGAGAUGCAAUGAUGGAACCAAUUCGUAAGAUUCAGCAGGCUACCCACUUCAAACACACAGAAAAUGGGAAACUUACACCUUGUUCACCAGGAGAUAUAGGUGCUAAAGAAAUGAGCUGGGAAGAAUUAAGUACAGAUGAAUUACAAGAGCCAGCAUUGACUAUAAAGGACUUCAUAAAGGCAAUCAAGAACAAUAGACCAACUGUUAAUCAAGAUGAUAUUUCUAAACAAGUGAAGUUCACAGAAGAGUUUGGUCAAGAAGGUAAUUGA